GUUGAGAGGGUAACCAGUAGGGUAAAACCAGCAAAUAGACCACGGCUUCCUAAUCCAGAAAAAAAACAAAAAAAAAACAAAAAAACUGUUUUGUUUGUGGAGCAAUGAACAAAUACUCUGUUUAUACCGCCUUUCAAAAACAGCUGCAGACUUUGUGCUUGAAGGAAUUCCCUUGCGGCAUUGGAAGUUGGAACAAGACUCACUUCGAUUCUGGGACAUGCCGCAGCUCCGUUGUGCCGCUGUUGGAUGAUCCUGCCCUGGGUGCAGAGGAGUCGGCCUCUCUGAUCGAGUACCUGAGCAGCGUUCACUCUCCCUGGCACCUCACUGAGAGCUGGGGCCCCACGGCUGAUCAGCUGAGAGAGCUGGCGGUGCGGUCACCCGCCCUGAUCGAUACCGCUUUCAUAUUGUCCUACUUCAGGUCCUUGCGUAUAGUGGACAAGGGUGUCUCAGAAAUAGAUGAAGAUUUGCUGAAAUUUGUCAAUCUGGAGGAACUUAUUUUAAGUGCAAACUAUCUCACUGAAAUAAACUCAACACACCUGCCCAGAACCCUGAAGGUGCUGGAGCUUUGUGCCAAUGGAAUCUCCAGUAUGAAAGGCAUUACCUGCAGUCCUCCAGCUGGGUUAACUCACCUGGGUCUGGGGUACAACAAGCUGUCCUCCCCCUCAGAGUACAAAUACCUCGAAGCAAACUUCUGGCCCGUUCUGCUGUCUCUUGAUUUGAGUUUCAAUAACCUUGUGGAUCUGCCUGGCUUGGUGUGUAAACUGAGCUCCCUGUCGAGGCUCAGAACCCUGGUGUUGAUGGGAAACCCCCUGGCUCUCACCCCCUCCUACCGCGGCUUCCUCGUGGACAGCCUGCCCAAGCUCGCUCUUCUCGACGACGUCCGGGUAUUGCCAGAUGAGAGGCACCACUUUAAAGGACUGGCCAAGAGAAAAGAGCUCAUUGUGGAUGAAGCCAAGGUGAUUGUGAGUGUCGGGACAGUUCAGGGUAUUCCGAACCCGGUCAGCCCUACGGAAACUGAAAACCCUCCCGAAUAUCCAAUCGUCAGUUACAGCUACCACGUGACGUACGAGUUUCUCGAUGAGCAUCCACUGUCCAUCUCCGACGAGGAAAGAGGUGACCAGGCAAAGGAAACCCCUACGUGUUGUGAGUCUGAAAGGACAGGCAGCUCAGUGCAGAGCUCUCAACAGCACCAGAAGAGUACACAUGAAGAGGCAAGAAGCCUCUCAGCAUACACUGCUCCACCUACUGGUAAUAUGACCCCUGGUCCUGCACAGAACAAGGUGCCUGAAGAUGCCGGCUCUGUGGUUCUUCACUGCACUCCCAAAGUGCCUUGGGCAGGACAGAUUGAGAGCGAGCACAGGAAGGUUCACCUGCAGAGAGACCUCCGAUCACUGAAGCAGUUUCUCCAGAGAGGCAUGCAAGUAGCAGUGGUGGAGCAAAAGGUUCUCUCCUGGCCGGCCAUUACCACAGAAAGUGUCAGUGCAAAGACAGACAGCAAAGGAGGAGCAAAGGCAGAUAAAGGGAAGGUGAAGGGCAAAAAGAAGGAAACAGUGGUGCUCCGCCAUGACCCCCCGGUCUGCAGGACCCUGGGCUCGCUCAGAGUAAAGCUGGAGAGCCUGCUAUUAGGAGAGAACCACCUGGAGAGCCUGUGCGACUUUGGGGUCCUGAUCACAGAGCAAGCUGCUAAUGCAUUGCCUGGAAAGGAGGCUAAGAAAGGAAAAGAUGAUAAGAAAAAGGAAGAGAAGAGAGGUAAAGCUGGAAGGGACAGUGUCGCUAGUCAGAAGACCACCACUUCCACCAAAGGUAAAGGAAAAGCAAAACCAAACAGCGAGUCUGAGGCUGUUGCAGCGAUCAAGCCCCUCAGUGUGGAGCUCAAGGUCCAGUUAUACCAGUGGCUAACAGCAGGCGAGGCUCUUAAUGCAGCGCCUACCUGAGGACAAGCUUACUAUGCUGCUGCCUUACCAUGUAACAAUGCUAUGAAAAAUAGCACAAUGCCAUGCUAGAACAUUUUACAUUUUGUUUCAUUUUUGGUAUUUUUUAUUACAGGUGUAAUCAUUUUCAGUCCUGUAGGAAGGUUAACAUUGUUUAAACUUCUAGACUCAGUCUGGAUUUUAUUCAGCUAUUUACACCUCAAACAAAAGCCAACUUUGCCUACCGCUGUAAAAAUAGAACAUCCUUUUUUAACGUGAGAGUAUUAAGAAUUAAACCAGGAAAUCACUGCAGGUGUGGGGGUGACCUCUAAAUGUCUACUGUAGUUAUUUACAUGAGUGAGGAAGGCUGUUUCACAACCAUCUCAAACCCUGAGAGUAAAGUUUAAUAAAAUUAAUUGCAGUUAUUUUUAAACCUACAUACCAGCCCCGAAGUAAAAGUGUGCAUUUCAAUCAUUGACUCAAAGAGGAAGGAAGGUCUUUAAAAAUCUUUAUUGCCUUUAGAACGGAGACAGAUCAAGUCAAUCUGUCACCUAAAGUUCUAUACCAGGAUAUAAGAAUAAGUCAUUUGAUAUAGAGGGUUUUACAUGAAGUAUUUGUUGUCUGGAAGGCAGAACAAUGCAUUGCAUCUAGGUUACCUGUCUGGGAGUCUCACUUAUAAAAAACUACAAUGAGAUUUAAGGUCAUGUUGCUCAAGCACAGAAGUCUGAUGUAAGUAUACA